UUGAACACGAUGAGAUCUCCAGAGUUUGUUUUCUUUCUGACAUGUCUGUUAUUGGGACAGAAAAUGGCUCAGAUGACUGAUGUGAAAUUCUCCUCAUCUGUUCGUCAAGAGAGAAGUUUUGUAUCUGUUAAUACUGGGGACAACUUGACUUUGCAAUGUUUCUAUGACGGUGUUGUUGCAAGGCUUUACUGGUAUAAGCAAACUCUGGGACAGAAACCAAGAAUCAUCUCUACCUACUACAAGUAUGAAAGUAAUGGCACUUUUCAUGAUGAAUUGAAGAACAAUCCACGUUUCGCACUGGAUACUGAAACUGGUAAAAAUCACUUGAAGAUCACAAAUUUGUGCAUCUCAGACUCAGCUACUUACUACUGCGCAAGCAGCUACUCAUCCAAGUUUGAAUUUGCAGAAGGAACUAUUGUCAAUGUAAAGGGUUCAGGUUUGAACAUCCAAGCUUUGGUCCAUCAGUCGGCAUCUGAGAGCUCUGUGACUCUGAACUGUACAGUACACACUGGGACCUGUAAUGAUGGAAAUCACAGUGUUUACUGGUUCAAAAACUCUCAAGAAUCUCAACCAGGAAUCAUUUACACACAUGGAGGCAGGAAUGAUCAGUGUGAGAGGAACAGCAACACACAAACACACACCUGUGUCUACAACUUGCCAAUGAAGAGUCUGAAUCUUUCUCAUGUUGGGACCUACUACUGUGCUGUCGCCUCAUGUGGACAGAUAGUGUUUGGAAACGGGACCAAGCUGGACGUUGGCAAUGAGGUGGAUUCUCUUGUGUAUUUGUUAAGUGGAGCUUUGACAUUCACCACCAUCCUGGUUGUUUUACUGGCUUUGUAUGUGAUCAACAAAAGAAACAGCUGCCAGUGUAAAGAGUCUCAGGUGAGAUUUUCAGCUCCCUCCACAUCAAAUGCAGAGGGUCACCAAAAUGAAGAAAACAUCCAUUACGCAGCUUUAAAGGAGCACAAGAUCAACAGAUCUAGAAGACAGAGGAACAACACCGAGGCUGAAUGCGUAUACUCAAGAGUAAAGCAGUAGAACUGUUCAUGUUUUAUAUUUGUUGCAGUGUAAUAAGAUAUGCCUUUAUUAGUGUUUCUAACAAACUCAUAAGAGAUUGAGAUCAUGUUAUCAGUAUAUUUUUCUUGUGACCAUAGAAUAGAGCAGCCAUAAUUCCCAGAGAUGAGUUGAUUCAACCAGUUAUUUGAGAAUGUAUGUUGGUGUUGGAUUGAAGUAAUAAUAUAUUUAUGUGAAAUUAAAAAGUUUUUAAUGUUCUAUCCACAACCCAAGUCAAAUUUUAGCAAAUCAGCAAGCUAAGGACAUUUUUACAAGAUGGGCUUCAGAACAAGUGUAUGUGAGACAGAACUGCAUGAAUGCACAUUGGCUGACCUCAAGCAAAAUUAUGUGACAGGCUGGAUUUACUGUUGUGAAUGUUAAAUUAUGCUAUUUAUAACUUUUUUCACUGGGACAGAAAAAGGUUGAAGUUGAAACAAAUCAACACAGAAUGGAAAAGACAGUAAAAGGGAAACAUAUGAGGGACAGAGAGCGGGUACAGUACUACAGAGCAGAUAUCUCAUAUGUAACUUUAAGGCAAACAGAGCUUUAAUAUCGUCUCACUGGGUCAACAAAGUUGGAAGUUUUUCGAAUCAUCUACUGGAUUUUAGAAGACAAAACAUCAAAUCUCAAGGGAUUGUACAUACAAUGGUAUCAGCACUUAACAUAACAUAUUUUGCCAAUCAGCUUCCCACUAUGAGCAAUGGGACCCUAUAUGAACAUUUCAAGAAUGUUUUCUGCCAAAAGUUUUGCCUAUUUCACUUGAGAGAUAUCUGUUUGAGCUGUUUCGUCUGCGCUCCGCUCAGUAGUUUAAUGUGGGCGGGGCUUGGUGGGAGUAAGGUGAUGUCACGUAUUUCUGUCCCAAUCAGACUUUUGCUAAAUUUGAAUCAGAAUCUGACGUCAGUUGUUGGGUUGUUGGGUUAUUUUGCCAAGCCACUGUCAAUCACAUCUGUGCAAACCACACCC